ACCAGCUGCCAGACAGAGAUUCUGCAGGGAGCUGUGAGCACAGGGAGUGCUGGGGCCACAAGGAUGCAGCUGCCUAGCUCCCUCACACUUGGAGCCACCUUGUUCUGCCUCACCGCGCUGAUGUCUGGCAGAGGGGAGCCAGUCUUCAAGAAGAGGGAUCACUCCGACACACAGCUUAAGAAGCACCGAGCCCCCCGUAUCCUCACCAUCCGAACCGCAGAGGAAUAUUUAACAAGAUUUGGCUGGGGUGAGCCCAUUGACUGGGAACAUCAAGUUUCAGGGAGGGGCACAGUUCCACAAGAGAAAAACCCCGCACCCCAAGAUGCGCCUCAGCUCAUGACUGAAGGGCCCUCUGCAGAGUCUGACACAGAAGAGCUCGUGGACAAACUUUCUUACCUUCGCAAUCUCAAGGAGUUCCAGAAAGCCAAUGGCCUGAACCCCAGUGGAGUCCUGGACAAUGCCACCCUCAAUGUAAUGAAUAUGCCUCGUUGUGGAGUGCCCGAUAAGAUGCUGCCGGUAAAUAGUUCGCUCUCCAACACAACCUCCCGGAACGAGUCAGACAGCACUCUGCCUGAAAGCACGGGAAUCAGCUCCAAUAGCACCCGGCCAAAGUCUGUCCGGAAGAAACGUUUCCUUGCCGGUCUGAUGGCUCAUGCCAGGGCAAAGCGGGACAGUCAGGACAUCUUGGGAGGAGCAGCAGGUAGCCUGGGCUUUUCAAAGAGAAAGCUGAAAUGGCGCCUGAUAGACGAGGCCUACACCAUCCAAAUGAGCAUCGAGCAGCAGAAGAAUAUCCUGAGGCUGGCCUUCCGCAUGUGGAGUGAGGUGACCCCACUGGAGUUCGAAGAGGACUUGGUUUCUCUUCCGGCUGACAUUGACAUUAAACUGGGCUUCGGAACAGGGCAACACCUCGGCUGUUCUCAGGACUUUGAUGGGACUGGACAGAUCUUCGCCCAUGCUUGGUACUUGGCUGAUAUCCAUUUUGACGAUGCUGAACACUUUGUUGUCACCAACAACGGUCAGGGCAUUAGUCUCCUUCCGGUCGCUGUCCAUGAAAUUGGCCAUGCCCUCGGUCUGUCCCAUCUCCUUCGAAAAGGCUCCAUCAUGCACCCCAGUUACAAUACCCAGAGUGAAAACUUUGAAUUGGACUGGUUAGACAGAAAGGCCAUGCAACGUUUAUAUGGUGUUUGUGAAGGUGCUUUCAGCACGGUCUUUGACUGGGUCUAUCCACGUGAGAAUCCCGACGGCACCUUAACUUACCACUUCAACACGUACUUCUUCAGGAAGAGCUGGUAUUGGAUGUACGAGAACAGGAGCAACAGAACACGCUAUGGAGAUCCAAUUCCUAUCUCUGCUGGCUGGCGCAAUCUCCCUGAUUCUAAUAUCGAUGCCUUUGUUCAUGUCUGGGCCUGGAGCAGUAACCUGGAGGAGAAGAGAGAUGCCCAGUACUUCUUCAAAGGGACACAGUACUGGCACUAUGAUCCCAUUAAUGAUAUGGCUUUUACUGAGGAUGCACACAGCACCAGAUAUCCCAAGCUCAUCAGCGAAGGGUUCCCUGGUGCCCCAAGCCCAAUAGACACUGCGUAUUUUGACAGAAAGGACCGGAAUAUUUAUUUCUUCAGGGGCGACGAGGUGACGGCGUUCACUAUCGAUCUUAAUCAGAAGGUCAGCGGGUUUCCCAGAAAGAUGGUGGAUUUUUUCCCACCCGUGGUGGCUGGUGACCAUCCGGUGGGGAACCUGGACGCUGCGUUUUACUCCUACACCCACCGCGCCCUCUUCUUCCUGAAGGGCCAGUAUUUCUGGAGGGUGGUGAGUGAGCAAGAACGUCAGGUCAGCCCCGCGCUGCCGGUCAGGGGUCUGCACGGCCGCGGGAGAGUGUCUGAGCAAUGGUUUGACAUCUGCGACAUCCACUGGUCGAUGCUUGGUGUGUCGCCCAGUUAAGGGUCACACAGUCCACAGUUCCCUGAUGCCAUCCCUCCAUUGCCCUGUGUAUGUACACCAAGUGUGGGUGAGAUGCUAACCAUGUCAUUUCUACGUGCAUUUUGUAAAUACAUCCGUGCUUUGGUCAGUUGCAGUUGAAUGGACAGAGGUGGAGGUGAAAAGGUAAUUUGCAGUUUUCAACAUGGUCCGGUUUUUGGGUCUUUACGAGGACAGAAGCAGAAUGUGGUACUUGGAAAAAGCCCUCGGUUACAGCGUUCUUGCACAGGCAGUAGUGGCAUGGAACACUGAUAAAGACAGAAGUAUCGCUUUGGAAGAGUAACACAUAAUUAGUGGGCAAACCAUGCAGCAACAGUUUCUAUAUUUAAUAGGUGACAGUGGGAACAAGAAAAAUCCCUUGUUCAAAAUCCCAAGCUCAAAAAGACAAGAUUAAGGAGAUAUCUAUGAAGGCCUUCAUUUGUGCAUUUAUAUAACUAGAAUGUAUCUGGACGAUCAGUGCUUAAAGACUCAUCUCUACUCAUAUUUGAGUAUCCCUGGCAAGGCCAGUCUUUGUUGCAUAUCCCUGUUGAGUAGGUCGUGGUUAAGCAACUUCUUGAUCUACUACACUCGAUAUGGUUCCAAAUAUGACCCCUUCAUCCACCCCCCCAACCCACCCACCCCAGUAUUGCUGUUAAUCUGACACACCAAGUAAGUGCCCCUGUUUGAUGGUUUAGUAUCAGAUUUUAUCUAACGAUGUUCCUGGGGGGUGUCUGAAGACAUUUUACUCUGUUGAAGGCACUAUAUAAAUGCAGGUUGUUGCACAAUUCAUAAUUCGAUGAGCCUGUCUGUGCACUCGAGAACGCAUAAAAGAAGGGUCACUGAAUCCAAAACGUUAACUCUGCUUUAUGUCCACAGUUGCUGCCAGACCUGCUGAGCUUUUCCAGCAAUUUCUGUUUUUUGUCACAAGCAGUUUGUUGCAAUUGCAUGGGCAGGACCAUACAGUCAAUGAGUCAUACAGCACAGAAUCAGACCCUUCGAUCCAACACAUCCAUGCCGACCAGUUUUCCCAAACUGAACUAAGUCCCAUUUCCCACUGUUUGGCCCAAGUCCCUCUAAACCUUUCCUUUACAUGUGCCCUCUCAUGUCCAAAUCUCUUCUAAAUGCUGAACUUUACUCACAUCUAGCACUUCCUCUGCAUACCCUCCCAUUUGAUCCCCAGAAUUCAACAUGGACAACUUCACUGGAAGCUGUCAGUUGUCUUUAAUUGAUGGAUGGUCCAAAUUUUGCAAGAGUCAAAAAAAAGGGGUCAACACAACAGCCUUACAUACCAGGACCUCUGUUGACUUCCAGAGGUCCCUAUUGUCAAACCCUUUGGAUAUGGUUUCACCAAUGCUCCAUACAACCAAGCAGAAUAUUCCUACUUUUAGAUCCCAUUCCCUUUGCAGUGAAAAACAAGUACAUCCUUACAGUUAUGACUAGGCAGUGGAGUCUGCUAUAUGUGGCCAACUUUUCCUCCCUCCACUUUAACCACCUUCACUCAACACUUUAGUAAUUCACGCAUCUCUGGAAAUACCUGAUGUCACUUGUUAUAUCUCCUACUUCCUCAUUAUCAUUUCAGCCAUUGAGCCCCCCUCUGUUUCCUGUUUAAUCAAACUAACUCAGGGCACUCUAACUUAAGAAUGGUGACUACACUUCGAAGAAACAUUGUUGGUCAUUAGGAACUUUGAGGAGUGUUCUGCAAAUACGAGUCUUUUUUCUGGUGUCCUGGUCACC